AUGGACGACAACCAAUCUAUUCUCUAUCACAAUGCCUAUUCCAUCUACGCUCUCAUGGUGCGCUAUACGCUGGCCCUCGGAGGUCCUCCAAAAGAUGAUGCCUCGACCUUGUAUGUGCGCGAAGUACCGGUGGACCUUUUUAAAGGGGAACACUUGACAGAAAAGUUUCUCUGUGAUAUCAGUAAAUACGGCCAGGUCAGCUCCAGUCAUCCCCCACAACAAGACGGCCAUGCUGAAUUGAUUAUUAUCAAGAUCCCCGUCCUGGAUAGAUAUCCAAACCUGAUACCCGAAAGUCAUGGAGAGAUAAUCACUUCUCUACUUAAGAAACUACAUGAAGUGAACUAUUUCUCGCUCUCUUAUACGGACUUUGGCGGUGCGCGUGUAGCGGCUGGGCUUGCGGAAGCAGUUGAGAAUCUUCUCCAAGAUCCUAACAUCUCAGACCGCUAUCGCAAGGCCUUGGAGUUCAAGCGUGGCGUUGUGAAAAGUUUCAAGGUUGAAGGAAUGGAACCUGAGACGAUCAAGGAGAUGGAGCAUCGUGCUGAAGUGAUCCUCGGUCGUCUGGGGGAUGCACUUCCAGAGAAUUCUCAUGACCCUUUUGAUGGUCCUUGGUUGUUUGGUUUGCAGGAGCCUGCUGCCCUAGAUGCACAUGCAAUUGUCUUUAUUGAGCGAAUGCGUGACGUUGGCCGAAUCGGAUUGGUACCAGAGAAACUUGAUGUUUAUUCUCAGAAGGCUACAGAGCAAGAUAAUUGGAAAAGUGUGAUGAAUGGGCGGAGGACCAUGGCACCACGUCCCAAAGGCUAG